AAGAAAGAAAGAAAGAAAAAAGAAAGAAAGAAAGAGUGACACUUUCAGUGUUCAGGUGUGCUAUUUGGUGAGGAUGUCUUUAAGUCCUUAAGACACAUGAACACCCUCAGCCUCGGCCCCGUGCAUUCCUCCAGCAUCUCAACAAGACCGGAUGUGCUUUGCUGAUAUUUGGACCCCCCCCUCCUUCUUGCCUAUAGCGCGCGUGCGUGUGUCCAUAGAAAGCCAUCAGACCGAGAGGAGAAAAAAACCCGAAGCAUCCUCUUAUAAUGAAAAGCUCUCGGGUACAUCUGCGUGGCAAUCUGCAGCCUCUGUCUCUCUGUCUCUCUUUCCUCCCCUCCCACUUACCGAUCCGCAGGGAUCUCGUGCUCCAUCUGAUUGGCUGGGAGGGGGACGUCGCUUUCAUCGUUUCGGCUUAAAAACAGUGCAGCUAUGCCUCGGUGAUGAAAGAGGCAGCUCACGAAAAUAAAGGCGGAGGGUGGGGACCGCUCAGUGGAGCACGGAAACGCCUAAAACAAAACGCAUUCCGCGCGCACUGAGACGAGUUCAGUGCCAUUUGACCAUCUAAAAAAAAAACAAAAAAACAAAGUGCCUUUCUUCAGUGUUCAAAGAUGCCCAGAGGAUUUUUGGUCAAGAGGAACAGGAAAGCGACGCCCGUGUCGUACCGGAUCCGCGCGGAGUACGAGGGAGAGCACGACCGCGAGCGGACGCACCAACCGUGCCACGCGCAUCAGCCAGCAUCCGCGUCGUCGGCGCCGUUGACCGAGUCGUCGGCGGCGGCGCCGCGCGCGCACAGCCUCAGCCACGCUUCCAACCCGGUGCGUUUCGGAAACCCGGAGACGGUGUGCCAGUCGAUGUACAGCCCCACGCGCCCCGUGAGCCGCGAGCACGAGCGCGCGGCCCUCGAGCGCCGUUUCGACCUCGGCUCGCCCGUCUCUGCGGAGUCGUUCCCGACACUCAGCGGCUUCGACGCGCAGCAGCACCUCGCGUGCGCGCCCGUGGACCUUAAGAUCGGCACGAGCGACAGCAACCGGAUCGCGAGCAAACGCGCGGCGCCUGAGCCCGAGCGCAAGAGCAAACCGGCGCCCAAGAAAACCAAAGCGAUCAGGAAGCUGCAGUUCGAGGACGAGGUCACGACCUCGCCGGUUCUCGGCCUGAGGAUCAAGGAGGGUCCCGUGGAGCAGAAGCCAAACGCGCGCUCUGGUGUGGACAAACCGCUUGGCGAGUUCGUGUGCCGCCUGUGCGGCGAGGCGUACGCAGAUCCGUUCGCUCUCGCGCAGCACAGAUGCUCGCGCAUCGUGCGCGUAGAGUACAGGUGCCCCGAGUGCGACAAAUCGUUCAGCUGCCCCGCCAACCUCGCCUCGCACCGACGCUGGCACAAACCCAAGCCGCCGGCGAGCACGACGGCGAACGACGGCGCCGACAAGAAAGCGCGCGCGCCGGACGACGCGAACAGGGAGGUGCAAGGUGAGCUUGAGCGCGAGCGCGACACCCCCAGCCCCGGAGCCUCUGAGUCGGGCUCGGGCUCCGACACGGACGGCGUGUACGAGUGCCCGCGCUGCUCAAGGAAGUUCAAGCGCCAGGCUUAUUUGAAGAAGCACGUCCUGACGCACCACGCCCCAAAGAGCGAGAGUCACGCGACGUCGCGCGACACGCACGCGCCGGCGCAGGCGCCGCUGGACCUGAGCGCGUGUCCCGUGUGCGGAGAGACCUUCCCGAGUCGCGUGGCGCAGGAGAGGCACGUGCGCGUGCAGCACGCCUCUCACGUGUACCCGUGCAAGCACUGUCCAGCCGCGUUCUACAGCUCACCGGCGCUCACGCGCCACAUCAACAAGUGCCACCCGUCAGAAAACCGGCAGGUGAUCCUGCUGCAGGUGCCCGUGCGGCCCGCCUGCUGAAGAGCCCGCGUGCCUUUAAACACUAACGGGACAGAGAGAGAAAAAAAAAACUCAUACAGGGGAGAGAAAAAGACACACAGAGAGCCAUGCUCUUAAAAUCUACAUGAUCCUAGUUUAUCAGAACGAAGUGCACAGCAAAAAUUAUUAGGUGUUCAUGAACACAGGCUGAAGUACAGUGCGGAAUGAACACACACACACACACACACACACACAGACACACACACACACACACACACACACACACACACACACACACACAGAGGGAGCAUCUGAGGACAUGAUCUAACACUGGCAGUUGACCACGCAUGGUAAUUCACAAGAAAAAGUUUUCUAGGUUUUUUUUUUUUACUUGAUUUGCAUUUAAUUAUAUAACAAAUCGCACUGAUUUAUUACCUUUUCUUACCCACUGUGCAGGAGAACACACUCUGAUUAAUGCAUUAGUAUUAAUACAGCUCUUCUUGGUGCACUAAUUAAUGGAACACUGUAGGUGGUCAUGUUCUGGGAGAUGGAUGAGGCCCCAAUCCUUGUUAUAGGCAAAAAUGAAUUUAAACUUAUUUAUUUAUGUAUUUAUUUUGUAUUUACUCGAUUCAUUUACUUAAAACGGAUCAGAAGUUAAUUUUUAUGUGUAAAACCAACAAAAUGUGACAACAGGAAUCCAGUUAAAAAAAUAAGUAUAUGAACACUCCAACUUAAAACUAGUUCCUAAAAAAUCAAGAAGAAACAGUAGAGUAAUCGUAAUGAAACAUGAAAUGCUCUAGUAUGCGAAUUAUGACUUGCAUUUACUACAGUCUCAGAUUGGGUUUUGUAGUGAACACAACUGAUCACGCCACACAAUUACCAUACAAUUACCAUACAAUUACAGAUGUCAGAUUUCUCAACAGAGAGAGGUCAGUUGUAUAGGUGUAAACACGGGCUCUAAAAUCCCCCCUUUCUGACCUCACAGCCGCCAAUAGUCAGCUUCAGUGUUGGUUCGACACGAUGGUUUUUGCUGUGUGCUCUUAGACUGUUAAAUUAUUUUUCUAGAACCUCUGCACAAGUUCUGUACUGUGUUAGCUCAUCUAGACCUAAGAAACUGAUAAUCCUGGCUGUGCCGUUACUGAAAAUGCCUUCGAAUUCACAGGAAUGGAAAAUCUACCUAUAAGAAUUUAGCUUUAAUCUAGCUUGUGGCUCUGUGGACUUUGAACUUUAGCUUUUGUUCUCAGACCUUAAUAUUGAUAAUAAUAAUAAUAAUAAUAAUAAUAAUAAUAAUAAUAAUAAUAAUACAGAAAAAUAAUAAUGUUUUUAGCCUUUUAGUGUAGCCAGAAAUGCCUUGAAAUAGUUCACACACAUUCUGCUGUAAAACUGCCUUAAUCGUGUAAAUGUGGGGUGACUGAAUGUCUUAUUUAUCCUUUAAAUGGUACGCUUCUUAUUUUUAUAUCAUUCCAACGUGUGUAUAUGUUCACACAGGCUUUAUUUAUCUAUGUAUUUAUUUAUUGCAAAUGUUUUAUUUAAAUUAUUAAAAUUUCAAUGUCUGAAAUUAGGCUAGACACUUGGAAACGGCCAAAUGUUUAAUUCAAAUUUAAUUGACUCAAUCAAUGCAAUGAUGAGAAGGCAAAAAAAUGUAGCCUAGGGGUCGCAAAAACCGUUUUCCCACCAUUGUUAGGUAGCCUUACGAUAAUUAGCCUAUUCCCUAUAGGCUGAUUAGUUAUUGAGGAAUCAUUCCGUCAGUGCUUGUGUGUUUCUGCAGUAUUGCUAUGUGUCCAAAUAACAAUGAUGACAA